AUGUUUCAAGCAUUCCAACCUCCAUGUAUUUUUGAAACUGCUCCAAUUUUCAAUCCUUUUUUUAAUGACAGAAUAGUUGAACAAGAAAGAUUCAGAAGAUAUUGUCAUCAACAAAAGGCUGAAAAUACUGAACUGAAAUAUGAUAUUAUUCAAAAAUCUGACAAUAAAUUGAUUUUAUCAUUAUAUGCUAAUAUACCAGAAGAUGUUUAUAAAAGAGAAUUAGUUGAACAAUUGACAGCAAUUGAAGCUGAAUUAAAUAAACCAGGUUAUAAGGUAGUUCAAGAUUUAUUUGGUAACCAGUACCUUGUUGAACAAAAUUUAAAUGAAUUUGAAUUAAGGCGUGAAGCUAUGAAUACAUUGGAUAUUAAUUCUGUAAACAAAAAAGCUGCUAAAAUAGCGUUCAAGAAUUUUAAAAUUGAGUUGAAUAAUUUAGGUAAUGAAAUACAUGUUGCUAAUGAAAAUUUAGGUAUUUCCAAAGUAUUCUCUAUUCCAAAUAUCGAAGAUAUCAAUGUUUCUGAUUUGAGUACUGUUGAUGGCAAUCACCGUUUUGAUAAAUUAGCUGUUUUGAAAAUUGAAAUUUCCUUAAAAAAUGAAUCAGUCGAAACUCAAAAACUAUCUACCUUUUCUAUUCCUAUUCUAGGAAGGGAUGAAGAAUUAAGUUUGGAUAAGUUAAUUGCUUGGUCACAUAAGAAAGCACAAGAAUUGACUGAUGAAACCACCAUCUCUAAGAAAAAGGAAGACGUUAAAGUUCAAGGUGAAAAUGACGAACGCCAAAAAAGAAUUUGUGAAAAGAAAGCAUAUAUGAUUGAAAAACAGAAGAUCAAGAAAGAAUUAAAGAAACAAGAUGAAAUAAAAAGACAACAAGAACUUCAAAGACAACAAGAAUUGAAGAAACAAGAACUUCAAAGACAACAAGAAUUGAAGGAACAAGAAGAGCUUCGCAAGUUAGAAUUGAAGAAGCAAGAGGAGUUGAAAAGACAAGAACAAUUGCGUCGCCAGGAAGAAUUAAGACGACAAGAGAUAGAAAGGAAAGAACAACAAAGAAGAGAGUUGUUAAGACAGCAAGAAUUGAAGUUAGCUGAAUUGAAAAGAAAACAAGAAGCUGAACUCAAGGAAUUAGAAAGACAACAGAGACUUCAAAGAGAGGCAUUGAAACUACAGAAAGAAGAAGAAGCUCGUCUAAAUGAAGAAAAGAGACAAAUUGACCUUGAGAAGCAAAGGGAGAUGCUAAAUGAAAUGUUUAAAAAUGAUGCUCCAAGGAAAACAUUAACUGUAGAUGAAUCUGUCCUAGAAUCUGAUGAUGAAUUAACAACUACACUCUCAAAUGCUUCUGAAAGUAAAAGAAGAAGCUCAUCGACCCCUUCAUUAGAAGAUAUUGAAGAUGAAGAAGAUAACCGUUACAGGGAGUCUUUAAAAAGGUCUCCUUCUGGAAAUGUACUUCUAGAAGAUAUAUAA